AGACCAAAUGGCUGGUGCAAGGUGGCCAGGAGCUCUGAAACGCGACAGAAGACGGUGGACGAAGGGGAGAAGGAAAAAAGAAACCUCUCAAGAGAGACAUUUCUGGAUGGUCAAAGAGGAUGAGAGCGCCACAGGAGCGUCCAUAGGAAUUGCAGGGAGUCAGGGAGCCGCCAGGGCUUUUUGGCGUGCAUCGGUUUGUGUGUCUCGUCAAAGGAACUGCGUGGAGGGAGAUAAGCGGCACUGCGAGCCACUGACUCCUGGGAGCCCCAACCCUCCCCAAUGAAGCAGUACCGGUGGGUCCGCCUGGCACAGCUCGGCCUGCUUGCUGUGUGGACCUGUAUAUGGCUGGUCCAGGGAUGCGGACCGGGCCACGGGCACGGCAUCCGCCCCAGGCCCAGGAAACUCACAGCCAUGCACUACAAGCAGUUUUUCCCCAACUUCUCAGAAAACAACCUUGGUGCCAGCGGGAGAGCAGAGGGCAAGAUCACACGCAACUCCGAGCGCUUCAAUGAGCUUGUGGGCAACUACAACCCAGACAUUGUCUUCAAGGAUGAGGAGAACACCAACGCAGACCGCUUCAUGACUAAGCGAUGUAAGGACUGUUUGAACAGGUUGGCCAUUGCAGUGAUGAACCAGUGGCCAGGGGUACACUUACGUGUGACAGAGGCCUGGGAUGAAGAUGGUCACCACCCUCCCGGCUCUCUGCACUAUGAAGGCCGGGCCGUGGAUAUAACCACUAACGACAGAGAAACAGAGAAGUAUGGUCUUCUAGCCCAGCUGGCUGUGGAGGCUGGCUUUGACUGGGUCCACUAUGAGUCCAAAUAUCACAUCCACUGCUCAGUAAAAGCUGAUCACUCUGUUGCUGUGGAAAAAGGUGGCUGUUUCCCAGGCUGGGCCCGGGUGACUGUUGCAGGAGGGGUGCAGAAGAGCCUGUCGUCACUGGAUCUUGGGGACAGAGUUAUGGCCCUGUCUGGGACAGGCCAAGUCAUGUUUAGCCAAGUCCUCUUGUUUCUUCACCGGGACCAAGAAAGCUGGUCUACUUUUCUGUCUCUGGAGACAGAAGAUGGCCAUAGAUUGGCCCUUACUCCACAUCACUUGGUCUUUUUAGCCCCCAGUUGCAGACUUGACAGCAGUGAGUACCAGGCUCAGUUUGCUAGCAAAGCCAAAACAGGAGACUGUGUUCUUAUCCAUACAGCAGAUAGUCAAGUACGUCCAUCUCAAAUCAUUUCAGUUUCAGUAGAGAAGAGUGUGGGAGCGUAUGCUCCCUUGACAGAAGCUGGAACUCUGUUUGUUGAUGGGGUGCUGGCAUCCAGCUAUGCACUAGUGGAGGACCACAGACUUGCACACUGGGCAUUUGGACCUGUGCGACUCCUCUCCUCAUUCAGCCAGCUACUUUGGGGGGAGACAACAAAAGAACCACAGACCACAGAGAGUGAAACAGCUUGCACUAAGACUCCAUGUCAUUGUAGCACUUUGACCACACAGGACAAAGCAGGUGUAUAUGUCAACAAUGGCAUUCUGAACAAACAAGACAAUCUGAGUGAACCUCUGAGGAUGGAAAAGAAAGAGAAGCACUCCUUACAAAGACAGACAUCAGAUGUCCACUGGUAUGCUAGAUUACUGUACAAUUUUGGAUGUAUCCUUUUAGACUCCAACUCAUUUUAUCCUUAAAAGCCUAAAACUGUAGGCUCAGUACUGUUCAGAAUCGCAACUUGGACACAUUUACGCUAACACUUCCUGUUCUUUUCUUCAAUAAAUUAAAAGCACUGGAAUGGCUUGCUUGCUUUUUUCACCAUUGUUUGCAUUAUAAUGUAUCAUAAUGAUAUGCUAAGUGAUAUUUUAUGAUUUGAUGAGUUUGAUGAGACAAAUUGUUUGGGCAAGUUAAUGUAAAAAUAGUCAUUUCAAAAUGACUGCAUUCGUACAUCAUGUUAUUUCUUUUAAUUAUUUCAGUUAUAUAUGUAAAAAAAAAAAAAAUCUAUAUAUUCGAAGGGGAGAGGAAUGAAUGUUCCCACAUCAGAAUCUUUAUUUUUGUACUUUCUGAAUCAUAAUAUAUAAAUGUUUCAUUCUUUUAUAAUAAUUUUACUACAUGUAUUGUAUAUCCUCACUUGUCAUGUCAUAAAUCAAAUUAAAAUGUCAUUUUAUUAAACAACAUUCUGCCUUUUUCAAA